AUGGAGCUCCUGAUCAUGAUGAUACUGUACUUAUUUCCUCUCCUAUUUCUUCUCUUUCUAUUAUCCAAGAUUGCCAAUCAAUAUUGGAGGGGCCAGUGCAGCUGCUAUAUUCUGCGUUACGAGUGCUUUAAGCCAUCCGAUGAACGCAAAAUGAACAGUGAGUUUUGUGGCGAAAUUAUCAAGAGAAACAAGAAUCUUGGUCACCAAGAAUACAAGUUUCUCCUCCGAGCCAUUGUGAGCUCCAGCAUUGGUGAAGAAACUUAUGGCCCACGAACUAUCAUCGAUGGCAGAGAAGACUGUCCAUGUCUGAUGGAUGGGAUCCAAGAAAUGGAAGAGUUCUUCUACAAAACCCUUGAUAAUCUCUUCGAAAAGUCUGGCAUUUCCCCAUUAGAUGUGGAUGUGUUAGUGGUAAAUGUAUCGAUGCUUGCAUCGGUUCUUUCCUGGUCCUCCCGAAUAAUCAACCAUUACAAGAUGAGGAACGACAUCAAGGCCUUCAACCUCUCGGGAAUGGGAUGCAGCGCAAGCCUAAUAUCCAUUGAUCUAGUCCGCAGAAUCUUCAAUUCUCGCAAGAAUUCACUGGCCAUUGUUGUCACCUCCGAGUCCAUUGCUCCGAACUGGUACUCCGGCAACGACAAGUCCAUGAUCCUCUCCAACUGCCUCUUCCGAUCAGGCGGGUGUUCGAUCCUCCUAACAAACAAUAAAGCCCUAAAAGGCCAGUCACUUCUAAAACUGAAGUGUUUGAUUCGAACUCAUAUGGGCUCGAGCGAUGAAGCGCACAGCUGCUGCAUGCAGAAGGAAGAUGACCUCGGCCGCAAAGGCUUUCACCUCAGCAAGAGCCUCCCCAAGGCUGCAAAUCAAGCUUUUACCGAAAACCUUCGAGAACUCGCACCCAAGGCGCUUCCCUUAAGAGAACUUCUUCGUUACACUGCUCUAUCUACAUUUUUUCACUACACAAAGGGAGGAUUCAAAGCGAAGUUGAAUUUCAAGACGGGUGUAGAUCAUUUCUGCUUGCACCCGGGUGGAACGGCAAUGAUAGAUGGAGUUGCGAAGAGCUUGGAGCUGAGUGAGAGUGAUAUGGAGCCUGCUAGAAUGACACUGCAUCGAUUUGGGAACACUUCUGCGAGUAGUGUGUGGUAUGUUUUGGGGUACAUGGAGGCGAAGAAGAGGCUGAAGAAGGGGGAUAGGGUUUUGAUGAUCAGUUUUGGUGCUGGGUUCAAGUGCAAUAGCUGUAUGUGGGACGUGGUGAGAGAUUUAGAAGAUGGAAAUGUUUGGGAAGACUGUGUUUCACUAUAUCCUCCUAAAACCCUAGCCAACCCUUUCAUGGAGAAGUAUGGUUGGAUUUAUCAAGAGGAUCCAACCACCAGAGGUUGGAGUUCAUGGUAA